CGCUCCGUCCCGCGGUGCAGGGAGCCGGGCCGGUGCCAGGGCCGCCGCCCGGCCGGGCCGCAGCCCGCACCGCCAUGGCCCGAGUCUCGGCGAUGAUCAGCCCGGUCCUGGUGCUCUUCGGCUGCGACCUGUGUUUCGUGCGAGCCAACAGGCCACCGUCCCCUGUCAACGUGACUGUGACCCAGCUGAAGGCAAACUCUGCCACCGUCUCCUGGGAUGUACCAGAAGGAGACGUGGUCAUCGGCUAUGCCAUUCUACAGCAGAGGCAGGACGGACAGAUGCAGCGCUUCAUCCGUGAGGUGAACACCACCAACCGUGCCUGUGUGCUGUGGGACCUGGCAGAGGAUGCUGACUACAUCAUCCAGGUGCAGAGCAUCGGCCUGUAUGGGGAGAGCCAGGCUAGCAAGCGUGUCCACUUCCGCACCCUGAAGGAGACCGACCGCCUGCCUUCCAACAGCUCCAACCAAGGUGACAUCACCAUGGAAGGACUGGACAAAGACCGGCAGCUGCAGACGGGCGAGAUUAUUAUCAUUGUGGCUGUGCUGCUCAUGUGGGCAGCGGUGAUCGCCCUGUUCUGCAGACAAUAUGAUAUCAUCAAGGAUAACGACUCCAACAACAACAAGGAGAAGACAAAGCCGUCCUCAGAGCAUAGCACACCAGAACGACCAAGUGGAGGGCUGCUGCGGAGCAAGAAGAAAUCGCCCUCGGUCAAUAUCAUUGAGGUGUAAGUGCAACACCAGCUCUGCCAUCUGGGAUCAUCUGGGUGUCCUGCCAGAACCAAAGCAGGCCUUGGAAGAAGAGGCAGCACCAGGCGCACAGCCUGGAACUUGGCAUGUGACGAUCCACGUCAUCAGAACUCUGCUUUCCUGAGGGCCCCUGUCCGGGAUGUGCACAGAGCCAGCUCCCGAGCCGUGCAUGCAGAGUGUGGCGCUGCCCAUCCCGCACGCCUGGCUGCCCUCUCCUGCCCGCGGGCAGCACGGAGCUGGGGACAGGUGUGGGGCCACAGCAGCGGCCAGGCUGGGAGGGAGCCAUGGGGAGCCCCUGGGCCUGAGGGGAGGCCACGUCCCCGUGGGCCUGAGGGCAGGCUGUGUUCCCAUGGGCCUGAGGGGAGGCCAUGUUCCCGUGGGUCUGAGGGGAGGCUGUGUUCCCAUGGGCCUGAGGGGAGGCCAUGUCCCCGUGGGCCUGAGGGCAGGCUGUGUUCCCAUGGGCCUGAGGGGAGGCCAUGUCCCCGUGGGCCUGAGGGCAGGCUGUGUUCCCAUGGGCCUGAGGGGAGGCCAUGUCCCCGUGGGCCUGAGGGCAGGCUGUGUUCCCAUGGGCCUGAGGGGAGGCCAUGUCCCCGUGGGCCUGAGGGCAGGCUGUGUUCCCAUGGGCCUGAGGGGAGGCCAUGUCCCCGUGGGCCUGAGGGCAGGCUGUGUUCCCAUGGGCCUGAGGGGAGGCCAUGUCCCCGUGGGCCUGAGGGCAGGCUGUGUUCCCAUGGGCCUGAGGGGAGGCCAUGUCCCCGUGGGCCUGAGGGCAGGCUGUGUUCCCAUGGGCCUGAGGGGAGGCCGUGUCCCUGUGCCUGGCUCGGCCAAAGCCCUGGUGCAGCUGUGCCACUGUGCCUGCCCAGCAUGGGGGCCUGACCUUACUCUCAGCUGCCUGUUUGGCCUUGGGGUUGCUUGCAGAGAGCAGGAGCUGCUCCCCUCAGUGUCCCGGGGCUGGGGGAACAAGGCAGUGCAGGCAUUGCCCGGCUCUGCCAGGACAGCUGUGGCCAGGACAGCUGUGGCCAGGUGGUUGAAGGGCUUGUCCCCAGCCAGCACAGGGGAUGAGUGGAUUGCUGCUGGAGAACAGGGCUCCACUGCACCCUGUCAUAGUCAUGCAGAGGCUUUAAAUUCUCUGUCUAGUGCAAAGGACAAAGACAGGAGGGAUGAUGAGGAGCUGGUGCUGUCACAGUGCCUGGCCAGCCCGCAGAGCCUGCAGCUGGGCCAGGGAGGGCUGGUGGAAGCCCCACAGGGCUGGGCAGUGUCAGGGCAUGGCUGUGGCCGUGCUGUGUCCCCAGCAGGGCUCAGUGCUGGCACAUUCAGGCUGGCUGAGGGAAGCUGCCAAGCACUUUUUGAGCAGCACAGUGCCUGUGCUGCCUGGAGGAGGCAAUGUGGUGAGGCCUGCAAGGUCUCAGCUGGAGGGAAUGGGAUGAAACAAGGAGGCUCCCUGCUGCCCUGGCUGCUGCUCUUCCUCCAUGCUCUGCUCUGCAGCCUGCCACAGACAGGCUCUGCAGCCCUGGACUCAAGCACCACAGGAUCCAGUGUCUUCCAGGAAUAAAUCUCCCAGUUAAAGCACUUUCAGGACUUUUCCUUCCAGGUGCUGCUCAGCUCCUGCUGCAGGACUAGGUGGGGGAGGGACAGGAUAAGCAGCUCCUGUGGCAGAGUCUUUUCAAUAAAAGCAUCCUGGCUCAACGGCAGCAUCAGA